AUGUACAAAGGUGUACGAAUUUGGUUGGAAUGUGCCAAAUGUGUAGCAAACCAGAUUGCACAAUCAGCCAAUACUGGAGAGGAAAAAUCUCCAAAGGUGUAUGAAUUCGGCCGACCACGACUGGACAUGUGUCGGCUUUCACGACGAUCUCAUGACCACGACUGGACAUGUGUCGGCUUUCACGACGAUCUCAUGGUAGGGUGA